AUGCUGCGGUUGGAGCAGAAUUUGUGCUAUCACAUCCUGGCUAGUUCUUGUGACAACUAUGGCGUGCGGGGCGUCAGCCUGUACCUGCAGUCGACCGAUCACGGCCCGGCAGAUGUCGAGCAGCACGUCGAGACAUGGCUGGGCAGAUUCAGGCAUGUGCAGACACACACACACUGUGUGUUUGUACAGUCCGUGUGUGUGGGUGCAGGAGGGAGCUGAAGGAUAUGAGUCCGCAGGCCUUCAAGGACUACCUUGAGGGAUACACCACAAACGCGCGGCAGCUCGAGACACUGUAAGUCAGCCCGCCAAUGGAUGUCUCUCUCCCUCCCUCCGUCCACAUAUCUGUGUGAGUGCGUGUGUGCAGCAUGUCUGCUGAGGUCAUCUCACGUGCCUUCCUCUUCAAUCGCGAUGAGGAGGCCAUGAAUGCCCUCCAAAAAAUCACAAAGGCACGCACACGACACAGAAAGAAAGAACCAGCCUGCCAUCCAGCUGGUCCACUCUCAUUUGGUGUCUCAGAGCAUGGUUCUUGAGUUUGUGGACAAGUACAUGGCUUUUGACGCGCCACACCGGCGAAAGGCUGUCUCAUUUAUCUGGGGGACACAUCUGCAAAAGGAGCACCAGCAGUUUGUCGAAAAUCAGAGGAACCAGGGCUUCACCGUCCUACAAAGCUCCGACGAGGCAUGCAUCCCACCAACACCAGCACACAAAUGCAUCGCCGUGGCUGUCUGUCUCUGUGUCCCUGUCUCUGUGUGCCCAUGCAGGUUGAAGCCUUUCGCGCUGGUUUGGAACGUUGGCCCCCUCGCCCCUCUGCGCAUCCCGAGUGGACAGCACAGACACAGACACUCAGGAAGGGGGGGCAGGCACAGACAGCCACGAAGAGAGGCACAAGAAGGUCAGCUGGAGAGGGCGAGACGGCCGCCAAGGUCAAGAGAGAAGAGCCGGCAGAGACACCCGGUGGCCGCCGAACCGCACGGGGUAGAAGAACACAGCCCAGCAGGUCGAUCUCACGGAUGGAAGUUACCUGAGCUACCAACCGGGUGACUUUGUUGUUCUGAUGCUGGAGAGAUGUGUUGUGUUGUGUUGUGUUGUGCUGUGUGUGACAAAUGAAUGGGUCGGAUGGGAGCGCGACGGUGUAAAUGUG